AUGACUAACACUAUAUUAGACACAAGUCUCACAAUAGAAUUUAUUGUACAAAAACUUUGGGAAUAUGAAGAUAAAGAUUGCUUUAAAAUAGAAAAUUUAGCAAGCUAUAAAGUAGAGGUUUGUUCCAUUUUUUGAUACUGUUAUUUAAAGAACUUAUUUAAAGCAUUUGUUUUGAAAAAAUACCAUACCUUGCAACAAAAUAAAUAUAAGUCCCAUGCAAACACUUGUAUAAUAUACGGUAUUAAAUUUUUCCAGAAUGACACAAACCCCGCAUUUAUGUCAAGGAUUGUCAGAGUUUUUUUAAAAUGGAAUACUUCAACUGGAAUAGACACCGUUUUACUAAAAGUAAACUCAAUUUUUAAUGUUUCUUUAUUUUUGUUUUAAAAUUUAUUUUUGUAACUAUUUUUUAUAUGCUUAUUACAGAUCCCCGGUUUUCAAAAUCCUGGAAAACAAGAAGACACGUCGCAAGUGGACCUCUUUUUACCACAAGCGCACACAGUAUGUUGAUUAUUCAAAUUAAAAAUUAAUUUGAAAUUUUUGAACGUUUUUUAAAUCAUAGAUGUUUUGCAAGUUUUCUACCGCGCUAUGAACAUACCAAAACUCAUAUUGCUGAGCUCUGUGAAAAUAUAUUUUUUAACUUACAGAAAGAAUGCGAAUUUUAUUCUUACUUCACAAAACUUAAUGAUUUGAAUUUAAAACUACCUAAGUACUAUUAUGGGCAUCAUUAUUCGUUACUUCAUAAUCAUGGAGCAAUCAUAAUGGAAGAUUUGAGCAAAAGUGCCAAAACAGAUAAUAUGUUCCCCGGCUUUACUAAUGAACAAGUUGAAGCGGUUGUGGUUGAGUUAGCAAAACUGAGUGCGGCUUCAUGGAAAAACCCUGGCUGGAUUCAAAAAGUUGGGAGACGUAUUAAAGGCGCCGAACACUUUAUACUUGAAUGUAAAGAUGUUGCUCAAAACUUAAGGAAAAUUAAAGGCAAUGUGUUUAAUAGUCUUUUAGAUAGAAUGGAGCCACUGUUUCAACCAGAUUCGUUAGAUAAAGUAUCUUACGUUGAGGAACCUUACCGUAAGAAUUACAAAAGCUACGACUCAAAAUUUUAUAGCUUCACCUAACUUGAUUUUUUUUAUUUUAAAAUAAUUAAGUUCCAGGUUUCUAAAUAUCUUGUUUUCAUUUUUGAUUAUAGCCUCCGGAAUACCGCCAGCAUGCCUCCAUUCAGAUCUGUGGUCAGCCAACAUUUUAUGGAAGACUGACCCCGAAGGAAACCCAUCUUCCGAGUUAGCUGCUAUUAUCGAUUGGCAAAUGGCAAAGGCUGGGAACCCAGCCGAAGACAUUUUACGACUCUUAGCUUCGAACACAACCGUUCAAUACCGCCGAAAAAACUAUGAACGUAUUCUUAAACUGUAUGUGAAAACGGUUAACGAAAUAAUGCAAUUGGAAUUUAUUACAUACGAGCAGGUAUAAAAUUUUCGUAAAGUUUUAGUUUUAAAAAAUGUAAACUUUAAUAAAAAAACAAGUUAAAUAGAGACGUAAACUUUACUUUAGAUUUACAAGGCAUACCAUGAAAGCAUGGCUUACGAAUCAAUAUUAGCAGUCUUUGGAGCCCCGCUGUACUGUAACAUGGAAAGCGUAACCGGCGGACCAAACAGUAAAGAAUUAAAAGAAGAAUUGUUAUGGCGUACGCAAGCACUAGUUGAAGAAACUUUAAACUAUUUUCAACUUUAA